GUCCCGGAAGUAUAAUACGUUAUUAAAUAUCUGCAGUGAUAAUUCUAUGUUAGAAUAAAAAUAACGUUCAUAAAAACAUUUAGAAUUAACUAUUAUACAGAAUGGAUACAUCCUCUGAUGAAGCCGAUGACUGGUUUAUUGAGUCUCUAAACACGUACAAAGACCUGCAUGUUUUUCAACUCGAGCAUCCCACAAAAGUUAUAGAAUGGACGGGUGACAAAAGUAUUUGUGUGGCAGGAUACACUGAAGCAAGAAGUGAAAUCUUGGAGUUACUUCUGCCCCUAAAAUUAUAUGCAGGAGACAACCAGGGUCUUUGUGCAGAACGAGACUUCAAAGUACAGCAUGGAGGAUUUUCAGAAGAACCUGUUGAGUGUUUGAUCCAUAUCCCUGAAACAAGGUUUGUGGUGACAAGUGGAGGUUCAAGUCCAGCAUUGCAGAUUUGGGAUAUUGGAGGAGAUGAUAGUGAUGUUAUAAAAAGGACCGGAGUCAUAAACCCCAAAAGCCCAUCAGCAAAAUGCGGUAAAAUAGCAUCUGGUUUGACUGAGAAUCCAACAGCCCUUCAUGGUUCUUAUACUAAUGACGUUCAACUGACAGAGUUAGCAACAGGAAGAGUUUUGUAUACAGUAGGAAACGAGUCCUCGGAUUUAGUAAGCGGCUUGCAGUUUGUUAACGCUUACGUGUUUCUCAUUUGUACAUGCAAUGGUGCCCUGCUUAUGGGAGACAUAAGAGACCCUCUGACCUGUCAUUAUCCUCUAAAGGAAAGUAUGAGCGGACUACACUGGUGUUUUGGAUUGAGAUCGAGCAGUUCAGAUCCGUCCCUCUGUACUAUAGCAAGACUUUCUUCAUCUGGUCAAAUGGUUCUGUCUGAUCUGAGAGAUUUACAGAAUUCGUUUUGUCAAACUCAACUAAAUGUCCAACACAUCUCAGCGAAGAAUGAAUUUCUGAACGUGUCUUGGGCUUCUGUUCUUGACAGCUGUCUUUCUGUGUCUGGGUUUGAUGGAACAGUACAGGUCUAUAACACACGGAAUUGGAGUACAGAGGCACAGACCCCUCAGCCUGUUUUUUCACACAGAGGUCAUGAUAUGUCAUAUGAAGCUAAAUGCAGUGGUUCCCGACCUGUGGUUACUACUCACGCUUGGCAUCCAUCGCGACCAAACACUCUUCUCUCGGCAGCUACUGAUGGAUCUGUACAUGUAUGGGACUGGGUGGACAAAAGCACUUACACAUGAGAAUUUUCUGGGGUUCAUUAGAUUAAAACUAUUGUGUGUGAAGUGGUAAACACACAUCCUUGAUUCUGUUUUAAAAAGUCAGGUAUUUUAAAAUGUUCAAGAGAUUUCCAUAACAUCACGUUUCCAGUGAGAGUUUGCAAUUCUGUUGGAAGUUCUUGUAAAUGCUUUGAAUGUAAUAGUAAACAAUUGAAAGUC